AUGCCUCUACCCACAGGAGAGCGUCGGGGGCCCCCCAGCAGCGAUUCGCACGUAGACUCUGUAGCGGGGGGGGGCCCCAAGCCUCCUGUUCAGGGCCCUCGUCAUUUUGCUGCAGCCUUCACUAGGGGCCCCCCGAACCCUUCUGCUGCUGGAGAGGCAUGGACCCCUUCAGGGGGCCCCCCACACUGGGGGGCCCCCUCAGAAGGGGGUACCCUACGUUGGCGUGGGGGCCCCCAAGGCGCUGGGGGGCCCCUAGGGGGCAGCCCUAUCAUAGGUAUUGAAAGGGAUGGAGGGUACUACACAGAGACAGUUAAUCAUAUGUUAGAUGAAUGCACUGAUUCAGCAGAAGGGGGGGCCCCCGGGGGGCCCCCCUCUUCAGACCCGCUAGGGUUGCUGCAAGACGAAAGGGAUAUGCUGCUAAAUAGAGGCAGGGGGGCCCCUGGGGGCCCAGGGGGCCCUGGGGCCUCUGGAGACAGUAGCAGCCUUACAGGGUAUUGUGCUUUGUCUCAAGAUCAGGGGGCAUCUGCUGCUGUAGCAGCGCAGUUAGCAGAUACUGCAGAUCGUCAUUCGUUUGCUGCUGCGCUGCAGCACCACCAGCAGCACCAGCAGCAACAGCAGCAGCAGCAGCAACAACAGCAGCAGCAGCCGGUGCUGCAGCAGCCGGGGGCACGGGUCUCCUUCGGUCGCCUUGACUCUAUCUCUUCUGCUGCUUCACAGGAUUCAGGGAUAGGGGGCCCCCCUGGUACUGGGGGCCCCGGGGGGCCCCCCGGUGUCCCAGGGGGCCCCCCUGCACCUCGCAGCAGCAGCUCAAGCGAGGACAGCAACCAGCUGCUGCUGGGGCAGAGGCCGAGCCGUUACAUUUCAAUUGCUGCAGUGUCUUAUGGAGGAGCAGCACAAGCAGCAGCAGCAAGAGAGGAGGGGACAGAGGUGUGGGCCCUCGGGGAGAAGGGCCCCUUCGGUCAGAGGGCCCGUCUGCGUCGACAUGUUAUAAUUCGAAUACACAAAGGCAUUCAUCAAAUACUAGAGCUGCAGGUGGCGGAGGUGCUUCGUUUGCUUCAGGCGGAGUGUAUAGACAGCACUCGGUCUCGUGCAUGCAUAUUAACGUAUAGGGACUGUCGGCAGGCGUUUACUGAUGUACACCCUAUUCCUUCAAUUGAAAUAAGGAGACAUGUUAUUUUAAUUUGUCUCCCCCCUAUUACUUGCUUCCUUCUUAAAGACACUGUUUAUCUGCUCGUUACUGAAGACCUUAAGGCUGACGAGCUUAUCUUUCAGCUGUGUAGACUUACAAAGUAUUACGCUCACCACCAGCAGCAGCAAACAGCUCCUCCUCCUGCUCCUGCUGCUGCUGCUGCUGCUGCUGGUUGUCCGCCCGCUCCCCCUCCUGCUGCUGCUGCUGGAGGUGCUGCUGCAGUAGGAGUAGCGAACGAGCAAAACUCUGCUGAUAAAAUGCAGAGAAGAGACUCCUAUAAGACAAUUCCAUUCAGACACCCCCAGCUGCAGCAGCAGCAGCACCUGCAGCAGCAGCAGCAGCAGCAGCCGCACCAGCAGCUGCAUCUGCAGCAGCAGCAACAGCAUCAACACCAGCAGCAAAUUGGUCUGUCAAAAGACGCAGCUAAUCUCGGGCACGUCCAUCCGCUGCAGCCAGCAGCAGCUCAGAGAGACAGCAGCAACAUUAACAACAGCACCGCGGUGCUUCCGGGCUCCUCUCCUCAACCCCUGCAGCAGCAGCAGCAGCAGCAACAGCAGCAUCAGCAGCAGCAGGUCUCUGGGGGCCCUACUCAGAACUCUUCACAGCCACCCAAGGUUCCAGGGGCCCUGAGGGGCCCCCCAUCGGGCCCUUCAGUGGGGCCCCCUGGGGGGGCCCCUGUGGGGUCUCCUGUGGGGCCCCCUGGGGGGCCCCUGGGGGGCCCCGGUGUGGGGGCCUCCGGAUUGCCUCAAGGGGUCAGCGCAGGGGCCCCCUCUGCUGCUGGUGGGGGCCCCUCAGGUGAAGGGGCCCCCAGCGGAGACUGGGGGCCCCCAGUUUUAGAAGGUGAAGACGCUGUAAAAGAAUUACAAGCUGAAGGGGGAGGGGGCCCCUCUCGAAGCUGCUGCUCUAUGAGCAGCAGCAACAGCCACAAGCUGCCGUUUGAGUUUGCUGCACUGGAGUGUAUAUUUUUUGCUGCAUUUCAGCAGCUAAAUGCAGGACAGAGUGGAUGCGAGGCAGUUAACCCGGACCUUGAAAUUUUGCUAGAGUACUUCGACCAGGAAAUAGACCAGUUCAAGAUCCGGGUGCGGCAUUUAAAAGGGUCUAUUGAAGACAGCGAGAGGCUCUUGACUUUGCGUUUGGCGGUUAUGCGAAACUCUCUAAUUAAAUCUGAGCUUGCAGCAACUUUGUUGGCUGCAGGGCUCGCUGUAGGCACCUCCAUAUCCGGGAUUUUUGGGAUGAACCUGCAGAACGGAAAUGAAGAGGGGAGCAGCAGCCACACGAUGUUUAUUUUGGUGUCAUCUGUCAUUGCAUUUACUGCUGUUUUGUCUCUCCUCGCUGUCCUUUAUCUCGUAAAAACCAUCCGACUUUGA